AUGCCUUUCGAAAACAAGACUACCCAAAUCAUGAUUUUGCAAUUGGAAAAUGAUAAUAAGGACAGGAAUGAAUUCCAUGAAGACGGCGAAAAAUGCGAAAAAGGAACAAAUGAUGAUAUCAAUAAAAUUGAGCCUACUCCGGCGGAUUUCGAAACAGCCAUUAGCCAUACAGGUUAUGGCAUUUACAAUAAAAGAAUGCUCGUGUUGUACAUACCUUUAACACUGACUUCGUUGUUCUGCACCAGUUCACCGUCGUUUAUAUUGCCGGCGGUAAGAUGUUACUUCGAUUUGACACCUUUGGAAGAGGGCUCGCUGUUCGGAGCUGUUUACGUAGGUAUGGUUUCGAGUGCUUUUGUAUGGGGUUUUCUCAUCGAUACGCUGGGAAGACAAAAAUUAUUAUUCUAUGGCAUACUGUUGAGUGGAGUCAUGGAGUUUCUUUCGGGGCUCGUUCAAAGAUUUUGGGUGUUGGUUGUUCUUAAGUUCUUCUGUGGAGUCGCAACAUGUGGUCCAUAUUCUCUUGCAUUUACUUUUUUGUCUGAAUUCUAUGAUAAAGAACAUCGAGAUAAAAUCGUAUUGUACGCAGGAGGAUUUUCGUCGUUCGCUUUUGUUUUACAACCGCUUGUAGCAUAUUUUUUGAUUCCAAUGGAUAUAAAUUUUCAAUUUUUGAAUGGAUAUCUGAUUAUUGAUAAUUGGAGAGUAUUCCUGAUGACUUGUUCAGUCAUGGUAUUCCUAGCAGCAUUCUUAGUUUAUUCUAUGGACGAAAGUCCAAAGUUCCUAAUGGCAGUCGGUCGCCAUAAAGAAGCUCUACAUGUGUUUCGAAAAAUAUAUUCACAAAAUACAGGCAAUCCACCGGAAUCGUAUCCCAUUAGCAUUUUAAGAUCAGAAAUAUCAGAAGAUCAAACCUUGAAAUCUAUGCCAUCAAUAACUAUUUCAAAGUUUAUAAGAAAAGGAUGGAUCCAAAUAAAACCUUUUUUUCUGCAACCAUAUUUAGUCCCGUCAUCAUUGACAUUCUUGUUGCUAUUCAUGACAAUGUUAACAUUGAACACCUUUCGAUUAAGACUGCCAAAUAUGUACGCAACAAUUAUUGCAGCCAAAGGCGACCGUACAGUAUGCGAAUCCAGGACUUCAACUAAUGUUACUUACACUGCAGCAUGUAGAGGGACUCUCGCUCUAGUCGAUCCAGAAAUCUAUAUCAAAUCUAUGAUUGUUGGAUCAGCAGUUUUUGGUAUGUUUUGGGUCGCCAUAUUCAUUACAAAAUACAUGGAUAAAAAUUAUAUAUAUAUAUUUUUUUCAAUUCUGGGUGGACUUGGUAUUUCAAUAUUUCCAUGGACAAAUGGAAUCGUCACCUUAAUCUUAUCAGCUAUUUACGUGGGCAUAAUGAACAUCAAUACGACGCUUGUAAUUAGUAUUAUGGCUUCGGCUGUUCCUACCACACUAAGAGGUAUGGCGGUUAAUAUGGUCAUAAUGUUCGGUAGAAUUGGAGUUGUUUUCGGAAAUUUAAUCAUACCUGUUUUAGAUAGGAUCACUUGCGAGUUGCCGUAUUUGACAUUAGCUAUGUUUAAUUUUUCGUGCUUGUUUGUCAUACUAGUAUUGAUGAGGAUAAAAGAAGAAAAAUUAAAAACAAUUACAACCUCCUAA